AUGACUGCGGGCUAUGUCCCUCUCGCGACGUCGCCACGGGGCUCGGCCUCUGCGCUCGUCGAUGACCGCGCCGCGCCCGAGGUGGAUGAGGCCGCCGUCGUCGUGCUGGGCGAAGACACAGUCACGCCCUUUGUAUGGGCCCUGGUCUGCGCUGCAGCGAUCUCAGGCCUGUUAUUCGGCUACGACACGGGCGUGAUUAGCGGUACACUUGUCGUGAUAGGCACCGACCUCGGCGCCGAACUCACAACCCACCAGAAGGAGGCGAUAACGAGCGCGACGACUCUCGGUGCCCUCUUCGGCGGCCUGGGCGCCGGCGCACUUUCAGACGCUCGGGGGCGGAAAGGCGUCCUCUUCCUAGCCAACAUCGUCUUUAUAGUCGGCGCGCUCCUCCAGGCCGCGGCACACGCCGUCUCCACCAUGGUAGUUGGGCGUUUCAUUGUCGGCCUCGGAGUCGGCCUUGCGUCAUGCAUUGCGCCGCUGUAUAUCGGUGAACUGGCGCCUACUCGGAUGCGUGGUCGGCUGGUGACUGUAAACGCGGUCGUGUGCACCUUUGGCCAAGUCGUGGCUUACACGAUCGGUGCACUGUUCGCCCGCGCGCCGGGAGGAUGGCGAUGGAUGGUCGGACUCGGCGCGCUUCCGGCCGCGGUACAGCUCGCUUCCCUCGGCUUCCUCCCCGAAUCUCCGCGUAUCCUCCUCCUUCGCGGUGACACGCGUGCCGUUGAGCGCGUCUUGGCACGGGUGUAUCCGCUCGCUACUAAGGGUGACGUCGCGCGUAAGGUCGAGAUCAUGGCUCGGGCCGUGGCCCAGAGCGUCGAGAUCGAGAAGACUACGACGAUGCGCCAGCGCGCCGCCAGUUUGUUCCGCGUCGGCGCGUACCGCCGGGCUCUAGUGAUCGGGUGCGGGCUGCAGGCGCUGCAGCAGGCGUGUGGAUUCAACACUUUGAUGUACUACUCUGCAUCCAUCUUUGCCGCAAUGGGGUUCAAGAACGCCACCGCGACUGGAUUGAUUAUCGCCACGGUCAACUGCGUUUUCACGCUCGUCGCGCUCAAGAUCAUUGACCCGAUCGGACGCCGUCCCAUCAUGCUCUACACAGUACCAUUGAUGGCGCUUGCGUUAUUCUCAACGUCAUUCUUCUUCGGCCAAUUGACGCACGGCACGGACGGCGUCCUGGUGCCCGGCACCGAAUACCCUCGCUCUCAAGCACUGCUCGUUCUGCUGAGUAUGAUGUUCUUCGUCGCGGCCUACGCGACCGGUAGCGGCAACAUCCCAUGGCAGCAGGGCGAGCUCUUUCCCCUCGAAGUCCGAGGGCUGGGGACGAGCCUGUGCACCGCGACAAACUGGAGCGUCAACCUGCUCGUGGCAGCGACGUUCCUCUCACUUAUGGAGGCUGCCACGCCCGCCGGCGCGUUUGCGCUGUACGCGGUGGUGUGCCUUGUGGGGUGGGUGUUCGUGUGGCGUUGUUACCCCGAGACCUCGGGGUUGAGCCUUGAGGAAGUGUCGGAAGUGUUUGCGGACGAUUUUGGGGUGAAGAAGAGCGAUGCGAUGCGGCGCGCACACGGAUUGGGUGCGGCGCGUCGCCAACACCACAAGGAACGCCUCGCCGGCGCCUUCCGCAUCUUUGCGAGACUGGGCUACGACGAGGGUGUAGCGGGCCACAUAACGGUGCGCGAUGUUGUAAACCCGCACGCGUUCUGGGUCAACCCGUACGGCGUGGCAUUCGACCAGAUGACGGCGUCGGAUCUACUGCUUAUCGACCAUGACGGGAACGUGUUGGGUGGCGGAAAGGACGGGGACGGACAGCUGUUCAAUGCUGCGGGGUUUGCUAUCCAUGGCUCGAUCCAUCGACAACGGCAGGAUAUCCAUGCCGCGGCGCAUUCCCACUCGUAUUUUGGCAGGGCGUUCAGCUGUCUCGGUCGCAAUAUCGAUUUGGCCUCUGUUGAGGGAGCACAGUAUGGCGAGACGGUGCGGUUAUAUGAUGAUUUUGGAGGAGUCGUCCUUGAUGACGCAGAGGGGUUGGCUAUUUGCAAAGCCUUGGGACCAGCAGGUAAAGGCGCCAUCCUCCAGAAUCACGGUAUCCUCACCGCAGCCGGGACUGUCGAUGCCGCAGUCGCCUACUUUGUUCGCCUGGAGAGGCUUUGCCAGGCCCAACUUGAGGCUGAUGCCGCUGAUGGGCCCCGCGUCCUCACCGACAGUGAGGUGCAUGCCGUGUUUGCCGAGCAGGGCGGGGAAGAGGUCGCCUACGAGCAGGCACAGGAGUUGUACGAGUGGCUCGAGGCGGUCGACGGCCAGGAUUACAAGUUGUAG